UUUGUCGUUUUGAUGAAAAACGCUAAAAAAUAAAUUCAUGUACACCAUCAAUGUUACUUAAAAUCGUCGAUAUUUCAAAAGUUUAGUCAAAAGUUAUUGAGUUUAACAAUAUAUUUUAGGCUCCCCUAAUACACGACUCCGCUCUGUGUCGGUUCUUAUGCGGGACACCCUGUAUUUUCAGAAGAGUGCGUAUAGCCUUUAAGCUUGUUGAAUUUUGCAAUUCAUGGUUAAUAAUCCCAAAAAAAUUAAAAUUACUUUUUUAUUUUUUUUAGAAUGAAAUUGAUUAUCUUAACUGUUUUGUCGAUGGCUUACUAUUGUAACGCCUAUUCGGGGGGCGCACCCAAGGAAGUGUGCAAUGAUAUGACCCCAAAACACCCCGUAGAUCCCCAAAAAUCUCCUCUACCUUAUAAAAUCACGGUGAACAAAAACCAAGUCAAAGGCGGACAACAAGUGGCAAUUUCUAUAAACGGACGCUCUUUCAAAGGCUUGUUGGUCCAAGUGAGAAAAGCCAAUGAAGCUACGGGGGAAUUUGUUGUUUCGGCAAGUGACAAGUAUUUCAAAACUGUCGAUUGCCAUGACACUCCUAGGAGCGCUCUGACCCAUAAAAACUCGGCUGAUAAAAUUAAUAAAACUGUUGUUUGGAAGGCACCAACUACUCCAGGAAAAUAUACAGUUCACGUAACAGUUGCUGAGGAUGGAGAAACAUUUUGGGCCAAUGUUCCAACUCAAGUUAUAAAUGUAUUUUAA